GCAACAAGCGCGAAAACCAACGUUGGUGUUACUAUGUUUAGCAAGUUGUCAAAGUGUUGCUAUUGCCUAGAGGAAAUCAGUGGCUUCUAUAUUGUGUGUGUCGAAUGUUCAGUGAUUAAAAUAUGUGUGAAAGUAUAUUUCUGAGUAUAUUAUUUUACCUUCAUGAUAGUGCUUUUCAUGUGGGGUUGAGGGUGGGAAACAUAAAAAAAUUCACAAGUAUAUUAUAAAGCGUUCUGAAGAUGGUAAUCCUGCGAAUAACCAAUGGUUGCUUUCAGAAGAAUUAAAACUUUUAGACGCUCUGGAUACUUAUGGUUAUGGUAAUUGGGAUGAAAUAUCCUCUCAACUUCAGUCACAUAGUUCCAUGGACUGCCGAGAUCAUUAUAACAAGUUCUAUAUGUCAGGAACCAUGAAAGAACUUAUGUGUUCACCUUGCUCGUCUCCUUUUGUUAAAGAACACACUUACCCAAACAAAAUUCCCGAUUCUGAAGUUGGAAACAAUCUUCCAUGUGAUUUACGGUUAUAUCACCAAAAGUUACUUGGAUACUUGCCAUAUAGGGAUGAAUUCGAAAUUGAAUAUUUAAAUUCAGCUGAAGAGGUUUUAAAUUCUGUUUAUACGACAUCUAAUUGCGAUGAACUAGACAAAGCUUUCUAUUUAGCAUUGAUGGGCAUUUACAAUCAAUAUAUACAGGAGCGUCAUUUCCGUCAUCGUUUAGCACGUUCACACAAUUUAGUUACUCACCUUAUGCGUGACCUGAUACGUAAGCAAUCAAAGCAGAAGUUAUCCAACUAUAUAUCCAGACCUGGUGUAAUCAAAAGAGGAUGUUACACCAAACGGUCGAGUCAUGGAAGUGUUUCUCGAAUCAAAAAGGUUAGUCGGAGAUUAUGUUACAGUGACAGUUGCAGGAAACGAGAAACUGCAUAUUCCCCUAAACUAAAAAAUCGUGUUUAUCGGAUUAGUGAUUUCAAUUUUAAUUCUAAUGCUAUGAUGAGUGGACGUAUGGACGCCGAAGUUUUCGAUCAGUCCCUAGCUUUGACACAAAAACACUUGAAUUGUUCAUAUGAAUCAAUACCGACGCCUCAAAUACAGCAAUACUGCAUAUCCCACCAGGUUCUGGAAAAUAAUAAUAAUAAGGAUUCCUCUACAGCAAAUUUAAUUAUCCCUGGAAUGGGUCAAAAUCUUGCUGUACCAAAUGUCACUAAAACAUUUCUUGUUCGCGAUGAUUCAUGGCUGACUGAAUCUUGUACCUCAUCAGAAAUCCUUGACUCUGGUAUUAGUUCUGCAGAGUCCUCUUCCAAUUCUACAACUUCAUGUGGCAAUUUUAGUGACCAAUUAAAUUCAAACCCUCUCAAAUCAACCAUCGAUUUGCAGCUAUCCAGUCAGAGAGUUCCUGCUCGCCCUCGAUCUAAUUCCGAUUCUGCUUGUAAUGCCGGUAUAGUGAGAUUAAAAACCCAAUAUCCUAGCUGGAAUGGUCAAACCUUACCAUCAAAUAGAUUGACCAACAGUGCAUUUUCAGAGAUUGCUUCUGUGCAAAACGUAAUUGAAUGUCUUUUCCAAUCUGCCGAAGAAGUAAAGACUCGCGUAUUUGCACCUCAGGGACGGCGUCGGGGACGUCUAGCCAGAAAAUUUAAAACGAUGUCAUGUUUGUCUCACAAUCAGAAUACUGAGCAGCAAAAUGAACAAUCAUUCUUGAAGUGUAGCAUAUCAAACUCAGAAAAUGUUAAUACUGAAUCUUGUGGAGAAAUUCAGUAUCAUACAUCUGGGAAUGAGAUACUUCAGACUGAUAUUUCAUCGAAUUCAGAUAUAUAUAAUUCUCUUAAAAUUCUUAUAUGGCUUGCUGAAAAUGUAGAGACCCCAUUAACAGUCCCUGUACAUCGCCGUCGUGGACGUCCACCUCGUAAUCCUAGAAUACCAUCUUCUACUUCGCAAAGUGUUUAUAAUGCUAAAAGUUGUGAAAAAACGUUUCUUACACAUCCUCAGUGGCUGAGACCAUUCUUUCGUUAUCUUUCUACGUCAGAAGCGGAAACAUUUCUUAAAAAUUUAGAACGAGAACGCAUACUACGCAUUGAACUUAGUCAGCUGAUACAGGAUUACUGUGGAUUCUCCAUGAAAACAGCUUCCAACAUUCUGUGCUGCUAACUAUCAGCUUAGAAUCUUAUUGUAAGUUUACCUCGGCUCCAUUUUUAAUCAUGUCUAAAGGCAAAGAAAAUAAACAUGGUUUUGUUCCCUAUCUCGGUAAAACUCAAUAAUUUUUUAUACAUCCUAAUAAUCGGUAGGAGUGAUCAUUAAAGACUCCUAUUCACGGUUUACCAAAUGAAUCUUGGAACUGUAGCCUAUAAAUCCAAAACUGUUAGCCAUAAAUAGUGAAGGAUUUGGAAUUUUGUCACAGAAAAAUUGAGGGGAAGAUAAGUGUGGGAAAAAAUGGUGGAAAACAUAAUAAAAAUGAGGAGAAAUAGGGAACAAAAGUGGAUUAUUUUACCAUUAAGCAAGCAAUUGUUUCUCCUCACUUACUUCUGUGUCCCAGUCUAUUUUACUUCAAGUAGUACCUUUUCAAAAAUAUUUUGGCUAAUUAUUUUAGUAAAUGUAGUUCACUAUCAUCAUACAACCUAGUGUCAUUACCAAACUAACUCCAAACUCAAUAUUAAGGAAAAAUUGCCUAUUGUAAAAUUAUUUCUUAUUAGUAGUUUGUACUUCUUAACCUGGUGUAAUUUUUUUGGUUUGAUAUGUUUUAGCAGUGGCCGAUUGUGUAGUUCGUGAGGAUUCAUCUAGUCGUUUUGAUCUCUACAAAAAUCUUUCUUCAUUAUGUUCUUCCACCUCCACUUCUCCGCUCCUACCUCCGUCCACUUCUCCAGUCUCCAAAAAAUCAACAGCUUCAUUUGUUCAUCAUCGGUUGUCCAAUUUUAUGAAGUUACGGAAACUUAAACGGUCAUUUAGUACAACUUCACGAAAACCCGUUCAUAAUUUUGCUUCUAAUAAAAUGAAUCAAUAUCGCAGUUUUGCACAUUAUAAUAAUUAUAAUCUUCGACGACUUAAUUUCGCUAAUAGAAUUAAUCAAAAAAUUAGUUGUAAACGAACACAAACUGUUUUUAAUUAAUGUUAAAUAAUCUUUCUUAGUAUUUCAGGUUGAUUGCUUCAUUGUUUAUACAAUGUUCUCGCUGUGUAACUUAAACAUAUGCAUACAAAAUUUCAGUUCUAAUUGUUAAUUGUAGCGAGAAUCUUCUUUGUUAUUAGCAAUAAAAUAAUAUUGAAUUGUACAUAUCAUUCUAGGUACAUUCCUAAUACUAGAACUAAUGAAUUCAUAAUUGAUAUGAGACAUAUAAGUUGAUAAUUUGUGUCUUACUCUGCUUCACACAAUUCGACUUUUAAAAGUGGCACUGAAAAUAUCAUAUAGUUUAUUCAAAUGAAUUUAAACCAAAUUUUGUUUACUGAUAAACCUACUCACAGUGAAACUAACAACACUUACUACUGUUAAACUGCUCUCAUUUCUUAAUUUAUUAACAUUUGGUUGUCAUCAAAUUUAUUUUGUUUGGCUGUGUUCUUCCUUGUUAACCUUUUAAUAAUCGAACUCUUAGUGAAUUGGUAUGCUAUGUUAAGUGACUGUUUCUAUUACUUUUAAAUGUUUUUUUUGAAUUUAUUUUCCUGUUACUUGCUUCGAUUUUUCCCCACUUCCAUAUGUUAAUUCCUUCGAGUGAAUCAGCGAUCAGUUGCUCAAAUUAACAUUGUUUAUAUUAUUAUGUUUUAAUGGGUGCCCCAUUUGAAGCAAAGCAACGAUCCCUUCAAUUCCUAAAUCAAUUCAUUAGAUGUUAUAUAUAUGCUACAUUUAUCAUGUAUUACGUAAGGUGUUAUAACACUAAUUAUUAUUCUGAAUACGCCUAUGUAUGUGUAUCGUGUUUUUUGUAGUUAUGUUUCAAUAAUAUCUUUAUUAUGCUUA